AUGUCCGAAGCAGAAUUGGUAGUCGUCGGCUCCGGGAUUUAUGGUCUUACGACUGCCCAUACUUACCAUCGUAUACACCCAUCAGCCCGUAUUCUUAUCCUUGACGCAGCACCUUCCAUCGGAGGGCCAUGGGCUCCCCAUCGUACCUUUCCAGGCCUCAAAACGAACAACCUGCUAGGAAUGUACGAACAUCCUGAUUUCCCGAUGGAUGAACAGACAUUUGGCGUUAAGAAAGGCGAACACAUACCCGCGGCUAAAAUGUUCGACUACCUGACUGCGUUUGUAAAGUGGGCUGAUAUCGAGCAAUUCUUGCGCCUACGUACUACCGUUGACGUCAUUGAGAGAAACAGCCAUGACAAGGAAGGUUGGACGUUACACUGCAGCUCUUUUUCAUCAAUCAACAACAAGGACCAAACAGUAAUCAACGCUAAGAAACUCGUAAUCGCGGCGGGCGUAUCAAGCGCUCCUUUUAUGCCUUCCUAUCCUGCUUCCGAAAAGUUUCAACUCCCAGUCUUACACUCCAAAGACUUUGCAGCACACUACUCGGCUAUUGUGAAACCCAACACCCACACUACGAUUAUCGGAUCUGGGAAAUCAGCCUGGGAUAUAGCAUACGCUUGCGCUACACAGGCCUCCUCUACGGCAACGAUUCUCAUCCGACCGAACGGCAACGGACCGAUAUGGAUGACACCCUCUCAUGUCACACCAUUUCAUCUCUGGCUCGAGAAGCUCGUUCACACCCGUUUCUUUGGCUUCAUGUCGCCGUGCCCUUGGGCAACUACCACGGGUUUAGAAGGCUGGAUGCGAGCCUUUCUCCAUCGUACCUGGCUUGGAAAAAAGAUCGUGGCAGGGUUUUGGCACAUACUCGGCGAAGACGCCAUUUCAUUGAACGGAAUGGACAGUCACCCUGAGACAAAGAAACUAAGACCGUGGCGAGGAGCAUUCGAAGUCGGGAACGCACUUUCUAUACACAACUACCCCACCUCAUUCUUUGAUCUUGUCAAAGCAGGAAAGAUCAAGGUUCUUAUCGACGAAAUUGCUAGUCUGGAUGCGGAACGACAAGUACAGCUGAAGUCGGGUGACGUGUUGCAGACAGAUGUUGUAGUCUGCGCAACAGGAUGGCAGAAAGGUCACAAGUUUCAUUUCGAACCGCCGGCCCUAGAGAGCGACUUCGGCUUACCAUCUACAUCUCCGCUGACUCCAGAGCAAACGGCACUCAUAACAUCAACUGAGGAGCGUCUUUACAAAGACUUUCCGUACCUAAAAGAAAGAGACACGAGUCGUGUCUACCACCCUGACCCUUCACUCCGCCAUACACAACCACUCCCAGCGCACAACCAGCCCUACCGUCUCUAUCGUUUCAUGGUUCCGCCCAACCUGUACACAGAGCGUAGCGUAGCUUUUGCAGGAGCACUCAUGUGCCUUGGCGGCUUUCCAUGCGCUUACCUUCAAUCUAUAUGGAUUACGGCUUUUCUUGACGGGACAAUGUCUGCGCCGACGGAAUCUAUUCGUUCCAAGAUCCUGGAAGCUACGUAUUGUGAUACACAGUAUUGUGUCCUUCGCGGCUCGAUGAGCUACGGCCAUAUACUACCAGACAUUGUCUUCGACACUCUGCCUUACUUUGAUAUGCUCCUCGACGAUCUGAAAGAUGUAUCAGUCGAUGUGCGGCGCAAGGGAUGGGCAUUGAAGGAGUGCGUGAGUAGCUACGGACCUGAGGAUUAUCGGGGAGUGUUAGAUGCUCGGGAGGUUAGCACAAGGAUGAUUGAAGACUCUAAGGGGCAAUAUGGCGUACCACCGUAG